AUGAUCUCGCAAAGCACCAGCCGGGCCAGCGAGGAGCAGCGGCGGCUGCACCGCGGCAGCGCAGGGCCCGCAGCGGAGCCACAGCACAAGCUGGAAACACAGCUGCAGCUGCACACCAGAUGUGCCCAGCACGCCCAGCCACACGUAACAGUACGUGCUUGUGUCACCAGGAGGGGCUCCCUGGGCCAUGUAUCUGACUUGCACGGCCGCGAGACAACAUCCCUCCCUGGAUUUGAGAACCUCACCACGGGAUACAACAAAUACCUCAGGCCCUACUUUGGUGGAGAACCUGUUCAGAUUGCCAUGAGUCUGGACAUUGCAAGUAUUUCUAGUAUAUCCGAGAGUGACAUGGACUACACAGCCACCAUUUAUUUGCGGCAGCGCUGGACAGACCCCCGCUUGGUCUUUGAUGGCAACAAGAGCUUCACACUAGAUGCUCGCCUAGUGGAGCUGCUCUGGGUGCCAGACACAUACAUUGUGGAGUCUAAAAGGUCCUUCCUGCAUGAUGUCACCAUGGGGAACCGCCUCAUACGCCUGUUCUCUAAUGGCACCAUCUUGUAUGCCUUAAGAAUCACUACUACUGUUGCUUGUAACAUGGACUUGUCAAAAUAUCCCAUGGACACCCAAACAUGCAGACUGCAACUAGAAAGCUGGGGAUAUGAUGAAAAUGAUGUCACCUUCACAUGGUUGAGAGGAAAUGACUCUGUCCAUGGCAUGGAAAAGUUGCGGCUCUCUCAGUACACGGUGGAACGAUACUGCACCCUGGUCUCGAAGUCACAGCAGGAAACAGGCAGUUACCCACGACUGAUAUUGCAAUUUGAGCUGAGAAGAAAUGUCCUUUACUUCAUUUUGGAGACCUAUGUGCCCUCCACUCUGCUCGUCAUGUUGUCCUGGGUUUCUUUUUGGAUCACACUGGAUUCAGUGCCUGCAAGAACCUGCAUUGGAGUCACGACAGUGCUUUCCAUGACAACUCUCAUGAUCGGCUCACGAAGUUCACUUUCAAAAACCAACUGUUUCAUUAAAGCCAUUGAUGUUUACCUUGGCAUCUGCUUCAGCUUCAUCUUUGGUGCCCUUGUGGAAUACGCAGUAGCUCACUACAGCUCAUCACAGAAGUGUGCAGCUGAAGCACCUCAAGAGGGUCCUGCAAACGAACUCACUAAAGAAAUGGAAGAAGUCAACAUCACUAACAUCCUCAACAGCUCCAUCACUAGCUACAAACGAAAAAUCAGCUUUACAAGCAUUGAGAUUUCCAGUGAUAAUGUGAACUGCAGUGGCUUGACUACGAAAACUCAUGAGAAAAUCAAAUGUGUCUUGAGAAACAAAAUGCACAGGAUUAUGGGUUAUUUCACAAUUCAAAACCCCAGCAAUGUAGACCACUACUCCAAACUGCUUUUCCCUUUGUUUUUCAUGCUGGUCAAUGUGUUUUAUUGGGCUUAUUACCUAUAUUUUUAGUAGAAAUUAGCUGCUACAUUCUCCUACAUCAGCAGGAGAGGAAUAUUGCCACUGGGCAUCUAGGUACCUAACCAUGGUGAAUCCAACAUGGACAAAAUGCUCUGUGUUUCCUGAGGUACAGAGCAGAAGAGUGUGUGAGGUAUGCAAGAUGCAAAGUCUUCUUGGUGCUCCAGCAUCAGUAACAUUGACUCUGGACAACUGUUGGUUCAGCUGAGUGGCUGUGCUGAGCUCUUGUGCUCAUACCUGAUUUUCAUCCCAGCAUCCAGCCUCUCCCCUGGCUGGAGACAGGUGUGUAGGACUGCACGUGGAAGGCCAUGGAGCACUGGAGGUGGAAAACUUGUCUUAGUUACCUGAACCAGGUUGGAACCUUCUAGUUCAGACCUCCAAGAGGAUAUAGGAUUAUAACUGUUAUUCUUUGCCAGAGGUAUCAGUAACGGGGGUGGUGAUGCUGUUUCAGUAGUUCCUCUGCUCAGAGAGCCUGACAGCAGUGGUGUGUGCAUGGCAAGAAGGGCUGCCUUGUCCUGGGGGUGACAUGGCACCAGGCCAAUGACUUCAGCUGUGCUGGCACUGGUGCAGAGCUGUGCCUUAUUGCUUUCAAUACCUGUCAGACUGGUUGAGACAAUCCUCACUUGCUGAGGAUCCAUGAGACAGAUGAAGGGCUUUUUAUUUGUAGAGCUGCAUUUUAUUCAGAGGCCUGGGAACACAAAAUAUAGGCAGCAAAAUUGUUUUGUAACACACUUCUUAUACUAUUCCUGUUGUGCUGCAGAUGAACAGCUUCUACCACCUUCCAUGGCUUCCUUAGAGAUUGUUCUUCGUUCUAGAGAGUGCCUCCUCCAGCUUUCACUACUAUAAGCAGCUUUUGUUUCUUGUCAGCCAUAUGUAAGCAUGUCCAGUUUGUCAUCCCCUCUUUUAUGUGUUUGUGCAGCUGUGGCAAGUCAGCAGUGCUGCUAGGUGAAAAACCCACAUGGGGGCUGAGCUACCAUGAUAUACAUCACCCUUUCAUGCUCUAUUUUAAGCUGAAACAGUGUUCCAUUUCUGUAGAAAUUCUGGGCUUUAGUAACUGGCAACUGCCAGUCAGCUUUGUUGAUCCUGCAAUCAGCAGGAGAGCUUUGUUUUAGAAAUAAAUACAUGGUGCACACACUUCUGUUUGAGAACCAAAUGCCAUUUGGUACCAUGUAGCUUAAGGCUACUACAAGUCUUUCUUCCCUGAAUUUAAAAUGUUCUAUGGCAGAUUUCCACUACUCAUCCCACCCCCCUUUAUUGGUCUAUGCAACUUCUGUAACUUUGAGGGCCUAAUCCUGCAGCUCUACAGACAAAGCAGUUGUUGCCUGCAGUGGCUACCAUCAGCAGGAGUUCUGGUGCAGUGAAGCCUCUCAGCAUGUAGCUUGUAUUACUGCAUCAUGCUCAGGGUGUUUGCUUGGCCUAAGAGUCUCUUACUGGGCUUUCCUAUAGAAGCUGGGAGAAGCACACAAAACUAUAGAUUUUUUUUUUUUUUUUACUUUAAUAAGUUUUUAUCGAACCACUUCACUACACUAUAUUGUGAAGAAUCUAAACCACAUAUUCAUAAAUCAUAGCUUUUACAAAGAGCAACACAAGAAGACAAAGGGGAACGAACUGACAAUGGCAAGUGAAUAAACACAAACUCCAAUAAUGAAAUGUUGGCUUGUAUAUAC